AUGAGCUUUUUUAUAUAUUUACACCUUACUAGAUCAAUCAAGAAGAUCUCUUCCAUCAAUGUUACAUCACGGCAUUACUCUGGGAGUAUUUCAAAUUUCACUGAUUUGUUUACAGCAAUGCGAGAACUUUAUGAAGAAGAAAAUUUAACGAAAGCAGGAUUUUUAAUAGCUAAAAACUCAACUUCCAUUUAUGGUUAUGAAAAUGACCCAAGUGCAGGUCGUACGACAAUCGAUUCAAUAUUUUUGGAUCCCGUAAAAUAUGCUGGGUUACGCUUUCUUACACAAUUAAAUGAUCCUAUUAUGGAGAUAUCUUUUGAUUUUCUCUCUUCAAAAGUAUUUCUUGAAGGAUAUACAAUAACAUAUUCGAAAAAAGUCAGAUUUAUGCAUCAUUAUCAAUUAUUUGGUGAAGCAUCGCCAAAUAAUUGGGUAAUCAUUGAUGAUCGUGUAUCAUCACAAAGUCAAGAUCUUGUAGAGUUGGGUCAAAUAGGUGAUGAACCUCUCAAUUGGGCAGUCCAUUACUCUCUCCCUACUCAAAAAAGAAAUUAUUCUAAGUUUAAAUUGAAAAAUCUUGACACAAAUAUGGGUGAAUUUGGUGGAGCUGAUGUAGUUCUCUCCAAACUAUUGUUUUUUGGAACACUAUAUCCGGGUAAAAUAAUGUAUACAGCAGAAAAGGUCAAAAGAAAGGAUCAAAUGCUAUUUAAUUUUGCAAUGUUCUCUAAUUUUUAA